CCCUUCGCUGCGCGCGCAGUUUCCCACACACCCGGAAGCGGAUCGCGUGGAGUGAAGGUCACGCCGGGGCGCGACUGACUGCUGAAGUGUCAUGCUGUGUGAUAAAAAAGCCCAGAAGAGAAGGAAGAGGAAAGCAAAGGAGUCAGGGAUGGCUCUUCCUCAGGGACACUUGACAUUCACGGAUGUGGCCAUAGAAUUUUCUCAGGAGGAGUGGAAAUGCCUGGACCCUGCGCAGAGGGCUUUGUACAAGGAUGUGAUGCUGGAGAACUACAGGAACCUGGUCUCCCUGGGAAUCUCUCUUCCUGACCUGAAUAUUAACUCCAUGUUGGAACAAAGGAGGGAGCUCUGGUCUGGUGAGAGUGAAGUGAAAAUAGCAAAAAGUUCAGACAGGAGGGAAUGCAUCAAAGUUGUAAACAGAGGGAGCAGCUGUGCACUGGGAGGCAACGCAGAAAACAAACAAAUUAAAACACAGCUUGGAGUAUCCUUUCACUUACAUCUGUCCGAACUGGAGCUAUUUCCAGAUGAAAGGGUAGUAAAUGGAUGUAAUCAAGUUGAAAACUUUAUCAACCACAGUUCCUCUGUUUCAUCUCUUCAAGAAAUUUCUUCCAGUGUCAAAACCCCUGUUUUUAAUAGGAAUGAUUUUGAUGAUUCUUCAUUACUCCUGCAAGAACAGAAAGUACACAUUAGUGAAAAACCUUAUGAAUGCAAUGAGCAUAGCAAAGUCUUUAGACUGUCUUCCAGCCUGACUAACCAUCAAGUAAUCCAUACCACAGAGAAACCUUACAAAUGUAAUGAAUGUGGCAAGGUCUUUAGUCGUAAUUCACACCUUGCAGAGCAUUGGAGAAUUCAUACUGGAGAGAAGCCUUAUAAAUGUAAUGACUGUGGCAAAGUUUUUAGUUACAAUUCAAACUUUGCACGACAUCAAAGAAUUCAUAUCAGAGAGAAGCCUUAUGAAUGUAAUGAAUGUGGUAAAGUCUUCAGCAAUAAUUCUUACCUUGCACGGCAUCAAAGAAUUCAUGCUGAAGAGAAACCUUACAAAUGUAAUGAAUGUGGUAAGGGCUUCAGUCAUAAGUCAUCUCUAGCAAAUCAUUGGAGAAUUUAUACUGGAGAGAAGCCUUACAAAUGUGAUGAAUGUGGCAAGGCCUUCUAUAGAAUUGCACUCCUUGUACGACAUCAGAAAAUUCAUACUGGAGAAAAACCUUACAAAUGUAACGAAUGUGGUAAGGUCUUUAUUCAAAAUUCACACCUAGCACAACACUGGAGAAUUCAUACGGGAGAGAAACCUUACAAAUGUAAUGAAUGUGGAAAACUAUUUAAUCAACUUUCAAAUCUUGCACGACAUCGAAGAAUUCACACCGGAGAGAAGCCUUACAAAUGUAAUGAAUGUGGUAAAGCAUUUAGUGAGUAUUCGGGCCUUACAGCCCAUCUUGUAAUCCACACCGGAGAGAAGCCUUACAAAUGUAAUGAAUGCAGCAAGGCAUUCAGACACAAGUUAUCCUUAACCAAUCAUCAGAGAAUUCAUACUGGUGAAAGACCUUAUAAAUGUAAUGAGUGUGGCAAGGUUUUCAAUCGGAUUGCACACCUUGCACGACAUCGGAAAACUCAUACGGGAGAGAAACCUUACAAAUGUAAUGAGUGUGAUAAGGCCUUCACCCGCAUUUCAUACCUAGCACAACAUUGGACGGUUCACAUGGGAUAGAAACUACACAUGUAAUAAAUAUGUCAAAGAAUUUAGUGUGCACUCAAGCCUUGCUACCCAUCUGUUAUUCCAUACUGCAAAGAAAUUUGCAAAUG